AUGGCAGAGAAGAACCUCACCUUAGUGACUGAAUUCCUCCUUAUCGCAUUCACAGAGUGUCCUGAAUGGGGACUCCCUCUCUUCCUCCUGUUUCUAUUUAUUUAUCUUGUCACCUUGUUGGGGAACAUGGGGAUGAUCAUCCUGAUCUGCAUAGAUUGCAGGCUUCAAACCCCAAUGUACUUCCUUCUGCGUCACCUCUCCUUCAUGGACAUCUGCUAUUCGUCUGUCACUGUUCCUCAGAUGUUGGCUGUAUUGUUGGCGCAUGGAGCAGUUUUGUCCUACACACGAUGUGCUGCUCAGUUCUUCCUGUUCACCUUCUUUGGUUCCAUUGACUGUUACCUCCUGGCCCUCAUGGCCUAUGACCGCUAUGUGGCUGUGUGCCAACCCUUGCUUUAUGUCACCAUCAUGACACAGAAGGCCUGUUGGGGUUUUGUGACUGGGGCUUAUGUUGCUGGCCUUUGCAGUGCCUUGGUACGGACAGUCUCAGCAUUCACUCUCUCCUUCUGUGCAACCAACAAGAUCGACUUCAUUUUCUGUGACCUCCCUCCUCUCUUAAAGCUGACUUGUGGGGAUAGUUAUACUCAGGAGGUGGUCAUUAUAGUGUUCGCCAUUUUUGUCAUCCCUGCCUGCAUGGUGGUGAUCUUGGUAUCCUAUCUGUUCAUUAUCAUGGCCAUUUUAAGAAUUCCCUCAGCCGGUGGUAGGGCCAAGACUUUCUCUACCUGUGCUUCUCACCUCACUGCCGUGUCACUCUUCUUCGGCACUCUCAUCUUCAUGUAUCUACGAGAUAAUUCUGGUCAGUCCUCAGAGAAGGACCGAGUGGUGUCUGUGUUCUACACAACAGUGAUCCCCAUGUUGAACCCCCUUAUCUACAGCCUGAGGAACAAGGAGGUGAAGGAGGCCCUGAGGAAAAUUCUCAGUAGAGUCAAGUUGUCUUAA